AUGACUUCGAUCAGCGCCAACGACGCACAGCUCGGAAACUAUGUCUGCUCGUCUACCUCAUUCCUCUUACUAUCUCUGCGACUCGUCCUGACCCGACAUCGCGACAAGAAGUUCGGCUUCGGUUCUCUAUUGACGGCAACGUCAAUGCUAGUGCUUGUUGCGCGAGUUGUCAUCGUAUACUACUAUCUGCAUUAUGGCACCUCACAGGACUACCUUUUCUCGAAAGGUCGAGAGAGUUUCACGUCGCCGCCUGAUCUUGACAACAUCCGCGUGGGGAGCAUACUGGCGCUCGUAUCGCGGAUGCUAAUCACCACCUUCUACUGGUUGCAGAUAUGUCUCUUGCUGCACUUCUACUCAGCCAUGGUGCGUGAGUUUCACUGGGUCAACACUAUCAAGGCAUGCUGGGUAGCUAUUGUUGUUUCGUACAUCAUCGUUGUGGUCUUGACGUUCGCUGAAUGUCGCCCUUUCCGCCUCUACUGGCAAGUCACUCCAAGUCCAGGAAAGUGCGUCCAAGCAUACGCCCAGCUCCUGGCUCAAGGCAUCUGCAAUAUCAUCCUCGACCUGUUCCUCCUCGCCAUAUCUUGGCCACUGGUCGCUGUUCGGUGCACAUUGUUGCAAAAACUACGUGUGGGAGCGCUCUUCAUCAUCGGAACCUUCUGCAUCGUCACCACAUGCAUACGAAUAGCAUACAUCUACGCCGACGACUCUCACCAGCCAGAGAUCCUGAACGAGAUCUACCGGCGACAUUUCGAGGGCAUCAUCCUCAGGCCAUGGAAUGCGGACUUCUCAGUAGACGGCCUUGACCACGGCGACUCGCGCCUAGCACUGCUACUUCUGUGCAAGUCUCAGAAGCAGGCUAUACAUCAAGUCCUCAUCAAUUGUGCAACAAUCAAGAUGUACAGCGAGUUGCAUGUGGCAGCUUUUGCUAUGGGAAACGCCACCGUCGACAGAAUACAGAAUCUCCAAGUCUGCGAGCGAGUGAUGAGACCGCACGGGACGCCUUUUCCUCUCAUGAGCAAAGCCCUGCUCAAACUUCCGAAUCUCAAGUCGCUUCAGAUAAGCAUGGGGGAUUUUGAAGUCGACAUGAAAGAUGGGGACUUCCGCAUCGAGAACUCUAUUUACGAAUUCUACUUCCAGCAUACCACCUUGCUGGGAGAGAUGCGUGAUCCAUGUCGAGAUCUGAGGGAGGCAGCCGCCAAGCUGGAGGGUCAUUCUCUGUGGCUGCACGACUUGCUACUUCAGUCCGAUGGACUCAAGAUCACUGUAGAUUUUUCCUUGCGGUCAGGGGCAAAUGCUCAGCUCGCCGCAUCUGUGCCAGGCGAUUUGGAAGUCUUCGAUGCAAAGCUUUCUCCGUCCCUCAGACCAGCCUCGAGGAUUCAAGCCAUGUCGCCCAAGACCGCGGUGCAUUGCUGCAUGUUAUGCAUCGUCAUGCCGAAUGCGAAGACGAGGUGUUUCUUUUUCUCAGACAUUCCACUGUGCACAGGAUCGUACGUGGAUCUCUUUGGCUUAAUGCAGGAUAAGCACUUCCCCGGAAAGGCGCCUGUACCGCAGAAGACCCGGCUCAAGCGUCUUGCAUGGGAGGUGGGUGUCGUUCUCCUGCCGGGGUCUGGAUGCGGCUUCUGCGGCUUCUGCGGCAGGUACGAUGUCGUACCGGACCCUGGGUACCGCUUCUGCGGCGGAUGUGACACAAAGCUGGAACAGCAAUGGCAUAUUUGGCGAAGAAUUCUGCGGGUCGAAAACUCGACAGUUCUCAAGCGACCUUGGAAAUCUGUGUAUGGCCUCAUUGCAAGCUUCGUCGUGGAGGCGAAGGGAGGGCUGACAAAUGGAUGGAAUGAUGGAUCCUGGCUGGGAUUCGACGAGCAGGAGCAUUUCUUCACACGCUUGUUUGAUCCGGAGCUGGAAUGGGUGAGCAGAUAG